AUGAGCGAACAACAAGUAAAGCGCUCGCGCUUAGCAUGUUUAAACUGCAGGCGCAAAAAGACCCGGUGUCCUGGGGAGCGGCCAGUCUGUUCAUUUUGCUCAAGACUGGGACAGGCCUGUCGAUACAAUGACAACGUGUUUACAUACUCAGACGAAAGAAGCGCCGCUACAUAUUUUCAGCAAGGCAUAAUAUUCCCUGAACCUUUUGUUACGAACGAGCAGGACGCUGCAUCAGAUGCUACAGUUGCUGCAGCAGAGCCGCAAUCGAGCUCGGUGUACCAGUUCAGUAAUCCAGAGACGCCGCUGAGUUGGGACAGACCCAGUAACGUUAGAUUUGACUCUCUACCGAACUCAGAAGUUGUUCGGUCGCUUGUGAACACUUACUUCCAAUUCUGUCAUUGUCAGCCAUACUGUUACUUUCAGGAAUCCAGCUUCAGACGCCGACUUUCCAGCAAUUCUACACCAAAGUGGCUGCUGUUAGCCGUAAUUGCUACUGCUUCUGGUUUCUCCACCCUUGAUUAUUUUCAGGCAAGACAGGCCGAAGCCGCCGAUUGUUAUGCAUUAUGUGCCUGGAAAGACAUACAUGCACGAAUCUUCCAGGAAGACUUCAUAACCAUUCAGGUCGUUCAAGCUACGAACAUGCUUGCCGUAAUCGAUUUCACAGCUGGUAGAUAUACGGAAGCAUGGGUUAAGAUCGGACUUUCGAUUCGACUUGCCCAAGCAUUGGAUUUGGUCUCCGAACCAGACCCCUCAUUACUUCUUUGGCAACAAGAAGAACACCGCAGAACAUUUUGGUCUGUAUACCUUCUAGAUCGAAUUGUUUCUUGCAGCCCAGAGCGCUCACCAGCUAUACUGGAUACCGAUUGCGCACUGUUCCUGCCGGUGGACCAAACAACGCUCUCGCCUAGCCCUCAGGUGGCACAGAGGAUCACACUUGCAUGCUUAACAGAGAAUAAAGAAGAGCUUGGCAAUCUUGGAUACUCUGGGUUACUUUGCUUGCUUGCUUCCACGCUAGGCCGCAUUCAAAGAUACAACUUGCGUCGGAGAGUGCCAGCUAGCUCAUUUCUCCCCUGGAAUUCCGAAAGCGAGUUCGCCUCAAUCUACAGUGUGCUCUUGACAUGUGAGUCUUACUCACCGAGUCCCAUUGUAAAUUUCGAGGCUGUACUUGAUCAAAAUAGCGCCAAGAUGGCAAAUGAACAAAAUCAUAACUCCAUGCUUGGUGUAUUCUGCUUCUCACACGCUCUUUAUUUCCUUAACCAAUGUCUACUACACCAUCCCUUCUUGAUUCGUCAUCAUCUACAAUCUCUCAAGGCUCCUAUUCCCCCGAGUUUUCUACGGCAUGCCUUAGUUACAAGCCGUGAGAAUGCCACAAGUUUAACCUGCUUGUUACAAACUCUCAUGAAGCGGCGCCUAUGCCUUGCCAGUUCACUAGGCUAUUGUGCGUUGGUAGCUGGCGUCACACACCGUCUGUUCGAGAAUGACGGCGACUCGCUAGUGAGGCAAUCCUCAAGGGAGAUGUACGAUGCUACCGUGGACUUCCUCUGCAAUGCGCCCGUCAGCUGGCUGCACUUUCCUCGCCUGGCACAUGCACUUCGAUCAUUUGCCCCUGAUCCAGAAGCUUCGUCAUACCUUGUCAGCUCUUCAUUAUUGGCCAACGUUCCCCAGCAUCCUGAUGCGGAAGUCAUGUGGAAGCUACUUGAUUACGGCAAAUCAAGUCGCUAUACGAAAGAAGCAAUAACAGAAUCUGAGUUAAAUGCUUCAUCCCCAAACGGUGCCCUGGGGAGCUGGGUGACGCAACUCGAUCCGCAUUCGCGAAUGCCCGAUAUGUCUGACUUUGACAGGGCGAUAUAUUUGAACGUCGAAGCUGCUCUUUGUCCUUCCGAUAUCGGUAUCUGA